AUGACUGAUAUUCAAAGUGCAUUUAAGAAACAUGGCAUAAUACCAGAUGUAUUAACUACACCACCAUCAGAAUUGAUAACAAUACAAUAUCCUAGGGGUGUCAAAGUUGAAAUAGGAAAAGAAUUGACCCCUACUCAAGUAAAAGAUAGGCCAACUGUGAAAUGGGCAUCUAAAGAUACAGAAUAUUAUACUUUAGCUAUGGUGGAUCCGGAUGCACCUAGCCGUGAAAACCCUAAGUUUAGAGAAUGGCAUCACUGGUUAAUCGGAAAUAUAUAUGGUGGCGAUAUUAAUAAAGGUGAAGUCUUAUCAGAUUAUAUAGGAUCUGGACCUCCAAAGGGAACAGGUCUACAUCGUUAUGUAUUUUUGGUAUAUAAGCAACAAGAAAAAUGUAAUUUCUCCAAUAUUUCUAAGCUUCCUAAUAAUUCAGGUGACAAGCGUGGAAAAUUUUCCAUUGGAAAAUUUGCUCAACAAUUUAAAUUAGGUCCACCGAUAGCUGGGAAUUUUUUCAUUGCUAAAUACGAUGAUUAUGUACCAAAACUCUAUGCUCAACUUAAAGGA